AUGGCCUGCCCUAUCACCAUUUCCAAGUUCGUCGGCACCGUGUCGCUGGGCCUACUGACGGGUCUGUCCUAUUCUACUGCUACUAUCACCAUCCCCUCCCUCCAGCUCCUACCGACCGCAACCACCGCCUCCCGCUGUCUCCAUGAGGUGAAGCGCCUCAACCGCAAGCAUGCGCUGCGCCUAUCCAGCCUCGCCAAUACCUGCCUUCUCUUCGCCUAUUGCGUCUCUCCUCCGCGCCGUCAACAUCCGUUCCUCGUUUGGAUGUGUGUCGCAUCUACCGCUAGCUCGUAUGGCCUCGACCUCUGGUUCAACCGACACAUGGGCUUGAAGAACUGGUUCUUCAGCAUCGUCUAUGAUACUACCUGUGUGUCCCUUGGCAGGAGCGCUUCGACCAAGAAGGAUGAUGAUAUUGUGGUUGUUGAGGCCGAGGAGGAUGUGAAUGGCGAGAGCGUCCGGCGCGAGAUGGACAAGGAACGCCGUCUACAACGAGCUCGGGCCUGGCUCUCGGGGCUUGCUUUAUCUGUGGGCGUUGUCGGUUUAUGGGGAGAUAAGAAGUGA